UGGGGGACAAAGGGACGAGGCUGUCGACGCAUCAUAGAGGGGCCGGUGGAGCUUGGAAGUUCUGUCAGCCUUGUGGUGGAACCGAUUUCAUGCUCAGCCUGAUCGCGAAUAACGACGGUUGCAUCGAUGAAGCGGAAUAUCUCAGCGCUGUUAAGAGUUACUGAACUGCGAUUAGAGAAGAUAUAUAAGAAACGCGUUACCUCUUUACCAAGACCGCGAUUGAGCAUAACUGCAUCAUGGCUACCAACGUAGCUCUCGAAACCACCAUGGGCACAAUCGUAGUCGAGCUCUACGCCGACCACGCCCCAAAAACAUGCCAAAACUUCUCCACCCUCGCCCAACGCGGCUACUACAACAACCUCCUAAUCCACCGCAUUAUCCCCAACUUCAUGAUCCAAACCGGCGACCCCACCGGCACCGGCCGCGGCGGCUCCUCCAUCUACGGCGAGAAGUUCGCCGACGAGAUCUCGCCCGAGCUCAAGCACACCGGCGCUGGCAUCUUGAGUAUGGCCAAUUCGGGGAAGGAUACGAAUGGGAGCCAGUUUUUUAUUACGCUGGCGCCGACGCCGUGGUUGGAUGGGAAGCAUACGAUUUUUGGGAGGGUGACGAGGGGGUUGGGUGUCUUGAAGAGGAUGGGGUUGGUGAAGACGGGGGGGGAGGAUAGGCCGGUGGAGGAGGUGAGGGUUGUGAGGGCUUAUGUGCUUGAGGAGGGGGGUGGGGAGGAGGAGUGAGUCGGGCUGUUGGGUUGUUGUUGGGGGGUUAAAAGUGUGGGUGGCUUUUAAAAUGGGCGGCGUUCGGACAGUGAUUUGGAAUUGGGAGUUUGAUAUAGAUCUUGCAAGAAUAAGAUGAUAUGCAUAUACCCGUAGCUUUGGCCCGACUAUAAGUUGAGUUCCAGUCUUUGACCACUAAGAGCCAUUACUCAUGUCAUACAAGAAUAUCACAGAGCUUAUACAAAGCAAACAGACAGAGCAGUG